AUGGGCUUCUGGAAUCAGGGAGUCCGAAGCUCGCGCUCAAGAAGCCGCAGCCGAUCUCCCUCUAGACGCUCAUACGUGUCGCGACCCUCAUAUAACCGAAGCGCUUCCUCGAUCUUCUCGGGGUUUGGAGGCCGCGCCUCAUCGUCGAGAGGCUAUGGACAUGGCUAUUCCUCACGCGCUAGGCCUCGGUCGGGCUUCAUCAACCGCAUCCGCCGUUUCCUCCACGAGAUAUAUGAAAAGUUCAAGAGGCACCCCUUUCGCAUGUUCAUGCUUGUCAUCAUGCCCCUGCUCACCUCAGGUGUCCUCGUCAAGCUGUUCUCCAGCAUUGGAAUAAGGUUGCCAACAGGCAUGCAAAGAAUGAUGGGAGGACAACAGACGAGGCAGACAGAGAGGUUCUAUGCCAGAGGUGGCGCACGGGACGUUGCCGCUGGUACCUCCCUGCCUGGGAUGGGCGGUCCCGGUUGGGGAGACAGUCUAGGCACAGUGAUGGGCAUUGCAAAGUCGUUCUUAUGA